AUGGAAAAGCAACACGACUCCCUCAUGGCUGCGAACCCAACGCUCACUUUUGCUGCCAGUUUCAAGCUGUUCUGUGAGCAAAACGUCGAAUGCAACCCAUUCACUGCCGGAUGCCACGCAUUUCUCAUUUACGAUCAAACAGAGGAAUCGUGGUGUCGACUCAUCAUUCUGUACAUUCUCUAUGCUCUCUAUGCUGAUACCUCCCUUGAAAGGAACCCCUUCUUGACAUUCUUUUUGGAGUUUGUUACGGAUAACGCACAACGUGGGGAUGUAUUGGAGAAGCGGUUUGUCAACUGUAUCUUGGAUGGCUCUAUUACAUUGGUCGACAAAGUGACACCCAAGCAACUCUGUGAUAAUGCAGGAGAAUCGCUAUCAGCAGCUACCGAUCGACCACGCCUCGUUGAAUUGGAAAGGAGUGUAGCACGCUUGAUGAAUGAUCCAUGGAAAGAAAAGGACAAUGACAACACGAGUCAAGUGAUCAACCUGUUGCAUGAAGCUUGUACACGCACGCUGACUAUCCCAGAACAGCAGAUGGUACAAAAAGCACUUGCAAGCCCACUGGCCCAGAUUGUGAUGGAUACAUGUGAACUGGAACCCAAGCAAUUGCCAGAAUUACUCAACAAUAAUCAUCUCAUGGCUCUCAAGGUGGUUCAAGCAUUCGUGAAACAAGCCAAUGGCAAAGAAUAUCUCCAAGCCCUUGCCACAGUGCCUGUUUCUAGCAAUUGCAUUGAAGUCAUGCACCUCCUCACACUUGGGGGCUAUGUUGAUGAUGAUUUCUUUCUUCAUAUCUACAUAUCCAAUAUUAUUCGAUCAGCUGAAAUGAUGCCCGAAGGACCACGCAAGGAUACCCAUGUUCGAAUGGUUGCGAGAUUCAUCCAGUCGCUACUUGAUAAGAAAAUCAUCCAGAUUGCAGACUACAUGAUCGAGAUCCAAUCGUUUUGCGUAGGCCAUUUUCGAUUCAAGGGUGUAGCCGAUUUGUAUCGACUCGCAUCAGCAGAAGCACAACGUAUAGGCAUUGAACCAAUAGAAUCGUCUCGGUAG